GAUCAGUUCUACCACAUCAACCCCCUGCACAUAAUCAUGUAGCGACGUCCUUCCAUCGGGACAUCUUCAUCCUCCGCCUGACCACUCAUGAUCUGCCCGUCACUCAGCCCACGUAACUAAAGCGGGAUGAGUGAUGGAAGCAAUCACAAUGAUGACGAGGCAGGGCUAGGGGAAGACAGCCUUCAUUUUCCAACACAAGAGUCUGGAGAUACCCGACCAACGGAUGAUCAUUUCAGAUCUCUUGUUGAUCAAGAAACCUACUUCAACCUUACAGGCGAAACACAACCGCACAACUCACCUCCUGGGUUAUUCUACUCUAUUCGCUUGCCACCCUCACAGACAGCCAACAGUGGCUAUCAUUCAAUAAGGGCUCCAAACAACGCAAUUCACUUCAGGAAUUACAGGCCACACCAUUACAGUGAUGAUCCUAAUGCAGGUGGUGGUGCUGCAGCUGCUGCUGAUGAUGAUGACUUUGGACACAGUGACCUGUCAGAGUCACAACUGGGCAGCUACGAUGUGGGUAUGCUUAAUCUCGGGGAGGUGAGCCUUGGACAUGGAAACCUAUUGGACAUACCUGUUGAAUCAUCUCUACAUGAGAAUGUUCUCCAUUCAGGGGUGAAUGAUGAGCUGUAUGCCAUCGGACCUGCAUCAUUACCACUAGGAGAUGACAGCGGUGAACGGGACCAGACAUGUAGAAAGUCUAUAUGCAGUGUUGUGUCUGAAGGACAGGAGGUAGUGGAUGAAGAGUGUCAUAUCGAGCAGAUGUCGUUAGUUAGUGUGAAUCCACCUGCAGUUGAAUCAACUGUUUCUCAAAGAGGUGGAGAGCAGAAUGUAACUGUGACCCACAAGAUGCAGGCCAAAAGCACUAACGUGCUCAGCCCACCUAAGACCAUGAAGCAGGAAAAUCCUUCCCUCAUCAACCCUUUAAUAGUGGAAAUUUAA